GUAGUAUCGGUCCAGGAGGGUUCACUGCCGAUGUCGCUUUGUUUAUACGUGCUUCGUGCGUAGGUAGCAUUAAACGGGUGGUCUCGGCCGGUAUGUUGGGCUAGCGCACGCGUUGAUGCCAAGCCGAUGAAGCGUGACUGUGAUGAAGGCGAACAUGACUUGGUAUCUAACACAAAGAAAGGGUCGCUUUCUUUCGACUUGGGGGCCGUCUUGGUCCGUCUGCUAACGCCGCCCGCUCAUCGUCAAGGACAAGGAGAGAGAGCAACGGAGUAGAUCCCCGUUCGGCGACCCAGAUGCUGCCGAAGCCACGUCCCGGCGGCCUUGGCUCUCUCGCUCGGACUCGACCCGUCCUCCCCCUGCAACAAGAGCCGCUGGGCUGCAACAUGUCGAAAGCUUAACUUAAUCGGGGCGGCCGAUGGCGGUGGAGCAUCCCUCCCCUUCAUGGGCGGCCCCCCAUUGCCUGAGCGUGACGAUGAUUGAUGGUGGUGGCCAGCCGCCUACCAGCCAGCUGGGCUUCCAGUCGGACAGCGGUGCUACAGCACGACGUGCGUGUACACCGCCGCCUUGGAGAGUGACGCUGCUUGAUAGGAAAGCAACCCCAGAGCCGAAGGAGACUUUGACUUGCAGGACCCGGGCUCUCUAAGCAGCCUAGCACCAUACCGAGGUCAAGGCGGCAGCGGUCGCCGGAGUAGUGAGUCCGCGCCUAAAGGGAAAAGAAAGUCCCGGAGUUUGAUAUGUAUAUCUCGGCCGACCCGCCCUCUGUUACAAGCAGACGCCCAACAUCAAUACAUUGGGUCAAAUCGACCACACUCUUUUUUUAUUCACCGCGCGCCUGCUUGGUUUGUUUUGGUGCCAAUGCUCAAGCACAGCCUCUGCGAGAGACGGAAAUGUCACAGUCAUUGGACUGUUUUCCAGAUUAUGACAGAGCCCUUGGUCGUCGCCCACCAUGUCGGUCGCCGGUCGCCCACGGCGCCACCACCACCAAGCCCCAACAAUAACAACCGGCGCGACGGCAGCAGCCACGGGGAGAAAGAUGCAGGUGACCACGACGUGCCCGCGAAGAAGUCAAAGACCAAAUCCAAGUCUCGGGCAGCGAGGAGGACGUUGGAUCAGGACAAGAUGCCAGAGUAUGUUUUCGUGUCAGGCCAAGACCCCAAGAGCAUGCGGAGCCACGCCAUGCGAGAGCACUGGAAACAGCGACGAGUAUCCCUCGAGACCAGCAAGCAAAAGUCAGCCGCGGCCUUGUCGCAUCGACAGAUCCUACCCAAGCACAGGUCAUCACGGAAACGAGGAGCAGCCGACGCCACCUCCAGUCCCAACCCCGUUGUUGUCGAGGAACCGCCCGCGGCCAGCUCCGAUAGUGACGCCGUUUCAGGGGGUUCUCCGUCUACCGUAAAGCAUGAAGCCACAAGCAAGGCCGUGGAACGCUCAGAAGGUUCCAGCAGUCGCUCUUCGAGACGCGAGCUUUCGGAAGAAGCAUUCACGGUGGAUGGCGUACCGAUGCAGAUCUACGCCGCCAUGGACCGCGCGUUGAUGGGGGCUCGGUUCGACCCCUUUGACACGUUUCCCGUGCAGCUCACGGCACAGCAUCACAAGCUCCUGCAUCACUGGUUCAGCACGUAUGCGGCCAUGAUGUUUGAGGACUUGCCAGCCGCGACGUUCAACCCGGUGCGCGAUGUGUGGUUUCCGCUCGACGUGUCCAACGCGGCUUCAUUCAACGUCAUCUUGGCGCACUCGGCGGCCCAUAUCGCGCGUAUGCACGGGCACACGACGUCCAACGAGGCGCUCAAAUUCAAAAUGGAGGCAAUCCGCAUCGUGGCGUCGUGGAUGGACGAUCCGCAGCAGGCGUCGAGCGACGAGGUUAUUGCUGCCGUGAUCAGGUUGUUGACUUAUGAGAGACAUUGGGGAACCGAACAGGAGUGGAAAGUGCACCGGAAUGGACUGCAGCAAAUGAUAGAUGCACGGGGUGGCAUCGCCUCGCUGCAGACGAACUGGAGAUUAGAGCUGGCCACCUUUCUCGUUCUACUCAUGGCGAAGCCUUCAUGGCUGGACAGUUCCAACCACAUUCGCGAGAUUGCCUCGAGGCAACCCCUGACGGCACACUUGCACCCAAUACUCGGCAACAGCGAGAACCUGCACAAGGUGCGAUGCCUCUGGCUCAUAUCCUUUGUGCAGGAUCUACGGACAUUUAUGCACAAAUCCGCGCCUCACCUCCCGCUCAUCGGCGCGGCCCAGUAUCCCGCCAUCCGGGAGGCCAUGGUGCUGCUGGAGACGGACUCGCAGCAGCACGCCAUGGCGUCGCUGUACAACAAGAACUGCACGCACCGCGAGUUCGCCCGCCUGGCGUGCCUUUUCUUCGUAUGCGUGCUCCUGCAGGUGUCAGCCUCGGCGCAGUGGGCCAUCACCUCCGCCAACAGCAGCAGCAGCAGCGGUAACAUCGCAAACGAGGAGGAGAUCCACCUGGACAACUGGAGCCGGAUGGACGUGCUCGAGUCCUUCCUCAAGAACAACUGGGCCAUGUGGCAGGGCAGCGCCGAGGACCUCUACAUGUCCCUGUUCCACAACCUGUACGACUUUCCGUACAAGGCGCAGACGACCGAGUACGUCCUGAACCUCACGAGCGUCAUGGGCUCGGCCAACCACGACGCGCGGAGGGGCGUGGAGAGGUGUCUGCUGCAUAUCCUGUUCCAGUCGCAGAGCAGUCCCAACGAACAGGCCGUGCAUGAUGGCUGGACCCCUGAUACUUUGCUUUCGUCCUUGCAUGGGCUAUAGAGUGGACAGGACACCAAUGUGGAAUAAUCUGACGAGUGGCAUGGCAUGGCAAGGAGCAAGGAGCCGGGGCAUGCUGGACGGCUUAGAGCGCAUGGCGUUUGGCGGGUUCGGUGACGACAUCUAAAAGUAAUGCCGAGAUGAUACUCCGGGUAAUGAUGACUGAAAUUACGUAUACCUCCC